UCAAAGAGACACAAUUGGUAGAGAAUUAUUAUUGCGAACACAAUGAGAAGAUUUGAAACUUUAACAAUUUAGUUCAACCGACCACCUUUUUAUGUACCUGUCCUAAGUCAAGAACCUCGCUAAUGGCAGACAGUAAAUUCUGUGCUGGAUGUCAGCGUGGUGACGAAGACAUAAAAGCCGUAUCAUGGUGCAGUGAUUGCAUUGAAUAUGUAUGUAAGGCGUGUUCCAGAGUUCACACAAGGAUGUCUCCGCCUCACAAGGUAGUACCAAUGCAAGAGAUGCAACAACUUAAUUCUUCACUUCUUAAAUUGUCCAAGAACUGUGACAAUCAUCCAGAUCAAAAUAUUGUACUGUACUGCUGUCAACAUGACAAGCUAAUCUGCGAUUCAUGUGUUCCGGUAUCACAUCAGAAUUGCAAGUCUAUCAUUUCAAUUGAAAAAGCUGCUAAAGGCGUGAAAGAUGGCGCCGCUAUUUCUGAUCUAGAGAGGAGGAUUUCCAACCUAUGUCAAGUUACAGAGAACGUACGGAGUCAAAGGGAGACAACACUUGUAGAUUUAGAAACAAAUCGAAACAAAAUCAAGAAAAUGGUUUCGGAAAUCAAGCAUAACAUUAUUGCUCAUUUAGAUAGAUUAGAAGCAGAGAUAAAUAAUGACAUUGAUUCUAAGUAUAAAACCUGUUCUGCGGUGGUGUCCCAAAACAAAAAAAAGCAUCCAAUCCAGCUCAGACGCCCUGUCUACAUGGAAAAGUGAUCUAAAAUCACUGAAGCAACACACAUCAGAAAUUCAUUUUUUUCAGGUGAUGACAUUUCUAGAUGCAAAAACUUGCCUUAAAGAAUUGGAAAUCAGAGAAAUCCAAACAGCUACUGUUCCGAUACUUAAAUACUAUCCGUCAGAAUCUGCGCCAAACAUUGAGAAACUAGUCCAUGACUUAGGUACAAUAACGGUAGAAAAUGUUCAAGUUCAAAUGCCUGUACUAGCUAUCGAUCAACAAGGUCAAUUUCUCGUUAGGGACGAAAGAAAGUUAUCACUAGCACAUUCAUUCAGGACCACGAAAUUAGGUAAUGGAGUCAGUAUCUAUAGAGGUUGCUUUAUUUCUGGUGAAAGGUUACUCCUCGGUCACAUCAUGAAGAAACAACUUUUUGUUUGCGCGCUUGAUGGAUCGAACUCCAACGUGAUUGAUUUGGAUUAUAAACCACUUAAUAUAAGCUUAUAUGACAAAAACCAUGCUGUAGUAUCUGUUGGUGAUGCUGGUAUCCAGAUCAUCGACCUGACAUCAUUAAAGCUUGGUAGGAGAAUUAAGGUUGAAGGAUUCUGUGGAGGAAUCACCAGUGUAAAGGAUAAGAUCUGGGUCAAAAAUAAACCUGACACUCUCACCAUUGUGGAUGUUGACGGUAACGUUCUUAAAGUAAUACAAACAACAUUCGAUCCUAGUGAAAUCUGUUCCAAUCAAGAUGGUGAUGUAUAUUGUACUGAUAACAAAAAUAGAAAUAAAGUAUACGCUGUUACAUUUGACGGAAAAGAACGUGAAAUAUACAACAGUCCUGACCUGAAAAGUACUGCUGGUGUUGCUGUGGAUGACCGUGGGGAUGUGUAUGUAGCAGGAUUGUUAUCAAACAACAUACAUAGAAUAUCUAAUGAUGGACAGAAACAUGGCAUUGUCUUGACAGCAGACAAUGGCAUCAAUGAACCGACCGGUAUAUCUAUCAACAAUGAAACAAAAAAACUGUCAGUCUUAAAAGACCUUUAUAAAUCUAUCAAUAUUUAUAAAACUCAAUGAACAUUGGUUUAGGAACACUGUUGAUUAGCGUAUAAGUUUAAAUAUGACGAAUAAAAAAAUGUAGAAAAAUA